AUGGACCACACACAUAAAAAAGCUAAAAGACAAAGCCAAAAAAGACUGAACAUUAUCAAAGUACUUUCAGGCACGAAAUGGGGAGCAGAUUCUAAAACCCUGAUAAAAAUUUACAAUUCACUUAUUAGAUCAAUUUUGGAUUACGGAUCCCCCUUAUAUAUGACAUCGAGAAACUCAGCACUGACAAUGCUUGACGUUACCCAUAAUGCUGGCGUAAGAAUGGCAUCCGGAGCAUUUAGAAAUAGUCUCAUAAACAGCAUACUCAAUAUUACUGGAGAACAACCACUUCAUAAUCGGAGAAAUCAACUGAUGUUGCAAUACGCAAAACACAUUUUUGCGACAAAAUGUUUCAUUACAUCUUUUCAGCUAAGCAUGGUUUUUUUGGGUCUCACAUCGGCUUCUGAAAUGGCAUACAUGGCAUACGCAUACGCGAAGAUCCGCGAUCGUCAGCUGUACCAAAAGAUGACCGGUGUCGUCAGAGGAUCGAAUCUACUUGGCAAAUGUAUAGCAGCUACAUUCGCUCAGAUCGCGGUUUCAUUUGUGCACCUGGAGUACAGUUCACUUGUUUACCUGUCACUUGCGGGUUCAGUUUUAGCUUUUGUAUUUACAUUUUUUUUCCCUAGAGUGACAUCAAGUAUUUAUUUUUUUCCUGACAGUCCUACUUUAACGCCAAUAAUAAAUUACAAAACAUUUGAAGAUAAAUCUACCAAGGGCUGUAGCGAUUUGGCCGCGGUGAAAAAACGGCCGAAAUCCGUCCGAUUGGUCAUGGAGCAGAUGUACUUGGAGUUGACAGACGUGUACACAAAUUCGUAUCUAUUGAAAUACGCCAUAUGGUUCUCCUUCGCCACCGGCAUAUACUUUCAGGUGUUGACAUACAACGAUGUGCUUUAUUUGGAUCUGAACGAAAGAGACCCGUUCAACAACAAACUGUACAACGGCGGAGUCGACGCUGUGGCUUUUAUCACGGGUUCAUUGUCUUCGUACUGCAUGGGGUUCCUGAAAGUGGAAUGGAGAUCGGCAAGCAAUUAUUUCCUAUUCUUUGGCUCGUUAUUGAACUGUAUAGCACUGAGCGUGUGCUAUGUGACGACAUCGUUGAACUUGGUGUAUGUGAUGUACAUAUUAUUUUGUUUCGCGUUCCAAUCAAUGAACGUUGUAGCCAGAUCUGAAACUGCGAAGUACUUGAAACACGACAGUUUCGCCUUCAUUUUCGGUUUCUUAUUUUUCAUUUCACUAUUCGUAUCGAGCGCUUUAACGUACUUGUUCGUCCAAGGUACUAUUUUCGUGGUACCGGUGAACUCACAGUUCCUACUUUACGGAUUGAUUAAUGGAGGACUUGCGCUUUGGUUCUUCUUACAAAUAUGCAUAAAAAAAUGUGCAUUUUAAUUAUUAACAUGCAUUAAUAAUGUCGGUGUUGGUGAGUUGCGGCCCGAUCCCUAAAUAACAUACGAAUUGCGGCCCGUGUUUAUGAAACAGACGUGUGAGUUGCGGCCUGUGUUUAUAAAACAGACGUACGAGUUGCGGCCACAUUUUACAUUUUAUUUAUCACUUCAUAUCAGCCUAUCAGCGUUACCCAGAAGACACCACGAGGAGGUUGGCUGAGUCGUCUCCCAAAAAUUUGUAUUUUUUUAUUUAUGUAAAAAUGGCUAAAUGUAUGGUAAUUUAUGGUAAAAUGAAUUUUAAU